CCAAAUUCCAAAAACGAAAGCGAAAAUGCCAAAAUGGCUGAAUAAAGUAAAUGCUCUAUGUUUAAUAUAAAGUUUUUUCUGUACAGUAAUAACUAUUAGGCUAAACACGAUUAGCAUCGAAUAUUAAUAAACAUUUGGUUAAAGUUUUUAUAAGGAGUGUGUAAUUAUUAAUAAUCUUUUGGUAUUCAAAGCAUUUCAAAAUGAAUGAAACUAAUAGUGAAGCACUUGCUGACUCCGAGAAGCCGGUUCAAGUAUCAGAUAAUGUGCCAUUCCCGCCUUUCCCGGCCCCAGCAGAUGAUGACUUUGAAGAAGAUAUAUCUAAAGAUGAGAGAUCAUACUAUAUAACAAAAUUUAAAGAUCUCAACACUAUUAUUCACAUGAAAGUUCACUGUACUGCUUGUGACCGACAUAUAGGGAUUUGUCCCAAAAAUGAAAGUAAUAUGAAAACACAUCCUAUGUUACGUACAUUAAUGUGCCAGAAUUGUUAUUCAUUUUAUAACAGUGGAGAGUUUGAGAAGGGUGAUGAUGGCUCUGAACUAUAUUGUCGCUGGUGUGGACAAGGCGGUCAAGUGUACUGCUGCUCAGAUUGCCCACAUGUAUUUUGUGCGAAAUGCAUAAAAAGAAAUAUGGGCCCAGCUAAAAUCAGAGAGAUUGAGGAAGUAGAUGAUUGGAAAUGUUUUAAAUGUAAUAGCACCUGUUUGAGAGAUUUGCGUGCAAUUUGUUGGGCAGCAUUGCGCUACUGUGACUUUAAAAACAGAAUGGCUUAUAAAACUGAAGAUGCAAAGCUCAAGGAAUCAUAUUUAAAAGAAAUAUCGGAAGAUGUUUCUGAGUGCUGUAGGUCUAAAUAUAGAAGGAAGGAAAGGUUGGAGGCUAAGAAGAAAGAAGCUGAAGCCAAAAAAGCAGCUGUUGCAGUUGUAUCUAAGCUUCCUCCUACAAUAAUGGUGAAGAAAUUUGCUUCAAUUAAUUCUGAUGAGGUGAACAAGGCCGAAAUUAGGAAGGGGCAAAAAAGGUCGGCGAGUCCCAAAAUGAAACCAAGUAUAAUUUUGAAAAAUCCUAUUAGUGUGUCACCAAAGGUGACUAAUACCUUUCACGUUGCACCUAUGAAGAAAGUUAGGCCUGCAUGGUCACGGUCAAUCAUGCUGCCGUCAAACAUGAUGAACCCAAUAAGAAUACUAAAUGAGAGAAAACCUGUUCCCCAAAAUACAUUAAUAAAGAUAAGACCGAAAGCCAACUUUCAAAAUAAUAUGUUCAACGGGAUCAGUACAAGCACACCAUUUAACAAUGUUAUGUUUAAUAAUGAUAAUAUUAAUUUAUCACUGGACAGUCUCACCCAGGGACUAGAUAUGUCUUCUAUACAAAACAUGAGUGGCGCAUCUCAGGACGAGUUAGUAUGCACUCCGGACUUCCCAAUGGAGCCAUUAUGCGAGGUGACAGAGGAUAACACGGAUGAUGAUGUGCAGUGCAUAACACCAGGUCCGGUGACACCUAAGACAUUGUCUACACAAAAGCCUAUCACUCUCUCCGACGUGACACCCGAAAAUAUCAUACAAAUGACUGAAAACGACGUUACCGUGAAUUCUGUCACCGGUGGUCUUAAAUUCCGCGUGGACCCCCAAACCUUAUCUUCCAAUAAGAUGUAUCGACUUCCCGAUGGUAGAAUAUUUGCAAUCAAUGCCAAUCCCUCCAUGCCCGGCGGUUAUUCGGCUACGAUAGUAGCGGUUACUGAAACAAACCGACCCAAAACUAAUUCAUCUAAUAAAUCCAGCCGUGGGACGCCCCCACCGCUAAGAACAAUAAAAAACAAUCCAGCAAAUCGCAAAAAAGUGUCAAAACACAAAUCUCCAAAGGCCCGUCGCUCUGACACGACCCAAAGGGAAGCUGACCUGUCAGUACCCGUUGAAUGGUACAGAUAUAAUUUGAUUGACGCUAUAGACGCACUCGAGUACUCAUUGACACGAUUACAUAAAUUGAAAAAGGAAGCUAACACGUCCUUCUUACGAACGAGGACUGUCAACGAAAUGCGGAAUCUACACAGAAGUUUUGACACCCUAUUAAAUACCUCGUCGCAUCGGUUCAAGGAGAUUCGUGAUACUCUUACUAAAGGAUUUAAACAAUACUUGAUAAAGAAAUGUCAAGAGAAUAGCGAAGAGGAAGAUGACGAUGACGUCGAAAUACUACCCGAUUUAGACGAAGACCCCAUUUGUAUUGAUGAAAAUUCGCUAGAUUCCUUCUGCAACGAGACCCAAGAAGUCGACUUGACGGAGGGUGGAAGCGAACAAAACGAUAGUAGAGAGAAAGCUGCACAUUUGGCUUCUAUAACACAAGAGAUUGAUGAAGAUGACACAAAAGAAAUUACCAGUGAAAAGAUCGAAGAAGUCGAUACAUCUAAAGACAUUGCAAGUGAUGCUAAAUUGAACGGAGAAAAAAGUGCAGAACCGAAAAGUCAACGUAAUGUCUCAAUCCAAAUCCUCACCGAUCCACUAUCAAAUAUAGACAAAGAUGUUGCGGUGAACAAUUCAACUGAUAGUAAGCAAGCUGAAGAUAAAAAUGAAAAAGUUGAUGAAAAGGAUGUUGAAAAUAAAAACAAAAGUAUUAUAGAAGACACUCCGAAAGAUAAAAAGGAGAUUGUUGAUAGCGAAGUAACAAAAACAGUUAAAACUAACCUAAACGAAGAAAAAGUUACCAAUGGUAAUAAUGAAGAUGUUGAUGCCAGUGAUAAUACGAUAGAUGAUUUGUUGAAAGAAGCAGAGACAAAGGAAGCAAGUAAAGAAAGUGUUAUGGACAUUUCUGAUGAUGUAAAGGAAUCUUAAUGCACAAAAGAUCGCUAAAGUGAUAAUAUACUUGACCGUUUUAUACAAAUAGACGCCUUAGUUAAAUACAAAAACUAAAUCCUAACUAACAUAAAUAUAGUACAUGAUGAUAAGUAAGUGAAAUAUUUUCCAGUUUAUUUCCAGUUUUGUUUAAGCUAAUCGGUGUAAAAUGCCUGAUAUAAAAACCUAGUAAAAUAUAUAUUUUUUUUUAAUCUGAGUUUAGUGCUGUGCUUAUGGAGGGUAGUCACAAAUAUUUAAACAGAGGGUAAAAGUCAUUGUGUUCUUACGUUUGAGUGAUUUUAAUAAAAUUGAAGGAUCAGUUAGUGUAUUUUUUUAUCAGCCGAUAUUACCAUUUAUAGUGAGAGUAUUGUUGCCUGGUCCGACAAAUGUUGGAUUAACUACGGAUUAGUGUUCUUAAAGGGGGAAUACUAGUUCCACAAUUAUACAAAAUACUUUAAAGAUUAGACUUUUUUUAUUCCAAAAUGCUGAGAGACUAUUCCUAAUAUUUGCGUGUUAGGCAUUUAAGUCACAUUUGCUUUCUCUUAAUAUUAAAAGGGUGGUUCUAUUUUUGCCAUUCUGUACAAUUUCAUUUGUAUGUUUAAAUUCUUUAAUGUUCCUUUAGAGCAAUAGAAACAUAAGAAAUUCGUUUUCGUGAAUAAAUAGUAUGGAAGGGUCGCUAGUUGAAAGCGUGAUCGUAUAUCAUUGAUUUCGUAUGUAUGAAAAGAAAUGGAGACAAAGCGACACAGUAAGGUACUAACAAUAAUUAAGGCUCUUUGGUGGGAAGUGCCAAUUAUUAAGUAAAGAGACUGGUUCUUAAAAAAAAUUGACGAAACCUUCCAAUAAUUUUUGCCGUGGUACUUGUGGUUGGAAUAACGUUAAUAUUGUAAAAAGUGUAAACGUGAAAUAUUUACACAUAUUUGUCUUUCUUGUAUUUGUUAUGUUAUUACAAAAUUUUAUGUUUAAAGUUUGUGUAUAAUAUUUUGUUUAGACACCUCCACUUGAAGAUUAAAAGUAAUGUUAAUGGGACGUAGGAAUUGUAAAUAUAUUUUGAUAUAAUUUAGAAUAAGUAAUAUAUAAUUUGUAUUCCUGAUUCAACUAUUUCAUUUUAUAACCUCUCUUUGGGUAAGACUCCGAGACCGCGUAGUAUGACGUAAUUGAAAAGCGUAUUGGAUUCCCACUAAUAGUUCUAGUUAAUUCGAGACUCUAAAUGUCAACUGUCAAAUACAGUGUCAAAUUUUGACAAUAGACAGUAUAAUUUCUUAAUUUUGUUUCAUCAUUUGAGGUAUGUUAUGAUAAAAUAUUUUUUUAGUAUUUUAUCAAUUUAUUACUUUGCUUUCUCCCAAUAUUGGUGUAUUCAUUGCUUUGUAGUAAGUGAGCACAAUUGUCAUAAUUACAAGUAUAUACCUUUGCAAUUCGCUCUCAUACAGACUGACUGACCUUAUCUAGUACAUAAGGGUCCUCUAAUACAAUUUUUAUAUAAUUCCAUAUGCUAACGUCAGUUAGAAAGGUUUUGUUACUAACUGACGAGACUGUAUACAAUUUUGAUGUAUAAAAUCCGAAGUGCAGAUGUACCGGUCACUAUUGAAAAUUAAAUAGUUUUCGCUACAUUUAAUUUGUGUCAAAUCAAAAUUGUUUGAAUUUCGACAUUGACUUUAUAAAUAAGAAAGCAGUAAAAGGUUUUUUUUAUUUUCUUCUCAUUUUGUUUUAAUUUUGAUAGUAUAUAUUCGCUUUGUUAUCCGAAUUUUUCUAGGAAAUCAUUGUAUUUUGGUUCUGUUUUAUUGUGAUAGGCAUUAUUAGACCUGCAGCUGUGCUGAGUUUCAUAUGAAACGCCUGUAUGCGGCCAUGAAGCCAGAUAUAAUUUGUUGUACUGUAAAGAAUAAAUGAUCUGGAGGA